CAGUGCUGGAGUACGACGGCAAGGAACAGCAAGCCAGCGGAGGGCUGCUUCUCUGUGUACGUCGGCAUGGGCAGGCAGCGGUUCAUUGUGAGGACGGAGUGUGUGAACCACCCGUUGUUCCGGGUGCUUCUGGCGGAGGCCGAGGAGAUGUUUGGUUACGCAGCCACAGGGCCCCUUGAGCUGCCCUGCAACUCUGAGGCGUUCACCGGGGUGCUGGAGCAGAUCGAGGAGGAGAUGCAGAUGGCGGCGGGGAGGAGGAGGUACGGCCUCCCCAGGGGGAACUCCUACCGGCUGCUCAGCACCGGUUAGACUGUCAUCAUCAGCCGAUCGUAGCAGUACACUGGAUUGGCAUUGAAUGAUGCCGAGUUGAUGAGCUCCGAGUUUCUGCUGAGCUCGCAUUUUCAGACUAUCAUGUACACAUUUUGAAGCAGCCUUAGCAUUCCCAAGUAUGAUAAACAACAUCAUCAUAUACUGGACAAUGUUAGAUAUAUUUAUUUCUUCUUCCUUCUUCCAUUUUUGUGAGAAAGCCAAUGUUAGCUGUUCAUGUGUGUUCACCUUAUAAGUUGUAGUAACUGUCGGUGAAAGUGUUAUACGGAUACAUGAUCUGAUUUUUCAAUUUGCGAUAUCUAUAUAUGCCAUAAUGGAAUAAUUCCAAAGUAGAACCGCACACU